GACUCUGAAGCUACCUGUCCUACCUACCCUCUUUACUCUUAGUUAACAUGAGGGCCAUUAUUUCUUAUUAAUAUGUCUGGGCACACUGCAAGAUGUCUAAAGAUGAGGGACAGUUUACAUUUCAUGUAUUGUGUGGUUCUCUGGACUGCUGUGUUUGUGAUUGUGGAUGGAUAUCGACCCGUCGUUAUAGUGCAUGGAUUAUUUGACGGGCCAAAACAGUUCAUCAAUCUGACCAACUUUAUCAAUAAGACUCACCCAGGUACCAGUGUGACUACAAUAGACUUGUAUGAUGACAUGGCCAGCCUGACGCCCCUUUGGCUACAAGUCAGUGGUUUCAGUAAACAAAUCAAAUCCAUCAUGGAGAACGCUAAAGAUGGCAUCCAUCUCAUCUGUUUCUCACAAGGGGGUCUGGUGUGCCGAGGGAUUAUUGCCACCCUUCCCAAACACAAUGUCCACUCUCUGAUCUUUUUGUCAUCACCGCUGUCUGGCCAGUAUGGAGGGCCUAUCUUCCCAGGCUGUAUAAACGACUGCGUUUAUAAACUGUGCUAUAGCGUCCUUGGUCAACAAAUUUCGAUCUGCAACUACUGGAACGAUCCACACCAGAGAGAGGAAUACUUGUCGAACAAUAAAUAUCUUCCUCAAAUUAAUGGCGAGAUCUACCACUCUAAAUUACCAGAGUGGAGAGAGCACUUUUUAGGAAUUAAGAAGUUGGUGCUUAUUGGAGGACCAGAUGAUGACGUUAUUACACCCUGGCAGUCAAGUCAGUUUGGAUUUUAUGACAGCAGUGAAACUGUGGUUGAAAUGAAACACCAGGAUUGGUAUGUGAGAGAUGUGUUCGGGCUGAAAACACUAGACUCCAGAGGAGACGUUGACCAGUGUGUUGUCUCGGAUGUCAAGCACGUCUUCUGGCAUUCAAAUUUCACUGUGUACAAAACCUGCAUAGAGAAGUGGCUCACAUAAGUAAAAUAAGUUUUGAUGCACACAAAUGAACCAUGAUAUUUGCAUUUUGUUGCAUUUACACUGCUUACCUGCUUUGUGAUUUAAAGAAAAAUGAUUGUGCAAAGAAUAUCAAUGCUAUGUUAUAUUUCUAUGUGAAAUUAUAUGAAAAAACAGGAAUAUUAUUGAACAGGAAUAUUUUUUUCUACAUUAGACUGCAUUAAGCUUGCUAUAAAAAAAUAAAAUA